AAGUAUGUAUGAGAGUAAUGAUAUAGUCAGUGUAGUUGGUUGAUAUUAUUAAGUGUCUGUGUCAUCUUGAGCUAGUCAACAAAAUUGGCAAGUUGCAGCAUGUAAUUGUUUCAUUGAAUUAUUGGCCCUUGUAUAUGUGGCCAAGAUUAUUAGAGCAAUCACAAUUUAUAACACAGAUAACACACAAGAAGAUGGUCACUAGUAGUACCAUGGAAACAGCAGUACCAUUAAUCACAUCUUAUUCCAACCGCCGCAGAGAACUACAAGCUUUUGAUGACACCAAAGCCGGGGUGAAAGGACUUGUAGAUGCUGGCAUUCAGAAGGUUCCUAAUAUAUUCAUUCAUCCACCUGAUGCAUUUGGCAAGAACUCAAGUGACAAGUGUAAGGAAUUUAGCAUUCCUACCAUCGAUUUUGAGUGCCUUGACAAAGAUCCCACGAGUCGUCAAGACAUAGUGGAAAAGGUGCGGUGUGCAUCAGAGACAUUUGGUUUUUUUCAAGUUGUCAACCAUGGGAUUCCAGUGAGUGUCUUAGAAGAGGCGCUUCAUGGAGUUCAUAGGUUCUUUGAUCAAGACAGUGAGGUGAAGAAACAGUUAUACACGCGCGAUUAUACAAAAAAAUUAGUGUAUAAUACCAAUUAUGAUCUCUUUAGUUCACCAGCAGCAAAUUGGAGGGACACAUUUUCCAGUUUUAUGGCCCCUUCCCCUCCUCAACCAGAGGAAUUGCCAGCAGCAUGCAGAGAUAUAAUGAUGGAGUAUUCAAAACAAGUAAUGAAACUGGGGAUUACAUUAUUUGAAUUACUAUCGAAGGCUCUGGGACUGGACCCUAAUUACCUACAAGAUAUGGAAUGUGCCAAGGGGCUUAUAUUUAUUGGUCAUUGCUAUCCCGCGUGUCCACAGCCAGAACUCACAUUAGGCGCCACCAAACACACUGAUGAUGGUUUCCUUACCGUCCUUCUGCAAGAUCAGAUAGGUGCCCUCCAAUUUCUUCACGAAGAUCAUUGGAUUGAUGUUCCGCCAUUGCCAGGGGCGCUUAUAGUUAACAUUGCAGAUCUUUUGCAGCUUAUAACUAAUGAUCGCUUCAAAAGCGUGGAGCACAGAGUAGUGGCGAAUCAUAUUGGCCCAAGAGUAUCAGUAGCAUGCUUCUUUAGCACUUCUGUAAUGCCAUCUACAAAGUUAUAUGGACCCAUCAAAGAGUUGGUUUCAGAAGAUAAUCCUCCCAAGUACAGAGAAACAACAGUUCAGGAGUAUGUGUCACACUCCUUCUCAAAAGGGCUUGACGGUGAAUCUCGAUUGCAGCAUUUUAGGCUGAUAUGAAAAUAAUUAAUGUAUCAUCUGUUUGGCAUCAAAAUCAACAAGUUGAUUAGUUGUUAUAGCCAUAUGUUUGCAAGAUCACUGGACUAAGAGUUCUUCAUCAUAAACAGUGAGUUGAUGUUCCUAUUUCUCUUCUAGAAAACUUGAGGAUCUUUCUCCGAA